GCGGCGCGGACGGGGACGACGACGACGAUGAUGACGACGACGACGUUGGAGGCGGUUGGGUCGGGGCUGUGCCUCAGGCGCCCGCGGGGCCGUCACACCCCGAGCCCCGGCGCCCAACGGGGAGGCGGCCCUCAGCCUCGGGCUCCGGUUGGAGGUUGGACCGAGGCCUUGAAGGAAACGGCGGAAGUCCUUCGGAGCGGCCAAGUCGUGGGCGUUCCGACCGACACGAUCUACGGCAUUGCCUGUCUGGCGCAGAACUCCGACGCCGUCCGGAGGAUUUACGGGAUCAAAGGGCGGAAGGAAAACAGGCCUUUAGCCAUCUGCGUCGGCAGCGUAGAUGAUAUUUACAGGUAUUGUAAGGUCACUGUUUCUGACCAAUUAUUGAGGGAUCUUCUGCCAGGACCUGUAACGCUCGUUUUUGAACGUUCAGAUAAACUGAACAGUGAUUUGAAUCCUUUCACUGAACUGGUGGGAGUGCGGAUUCCAGAUCACGCCUUCAUCCAGCAGUUGGCCCAGAUGUGCAGUGAGCCACUAGCUCUGACCAGUGCUAAUGUCAGCUCGCAGAUGAGCACCCUGACAACCGAGGAAUUUCGGGACCUUUGGCCUCACUUGGGUCUCGUUGUUGAUUGUGGACCUAUUGGAAAUCUCAUAAACCCCGACUAUCGAUUAGGAUCAACGGUGGUUAACCUGGCAACAUCUGGAAAGUACAGCAUCAUCCGUCCUGGCUGUGCCCUUGCUGCCACUGUGGAAGUUCUCAACGGGAAACAUGGCUUGACCUCCAUCUCCUAGAACUUCAUGGCAAGUGUUUCUAAAAAGCGUACAAUAGUGGACUGAUUAGCAUCUUGAAUUAGUUGAAUUAGCACUCAUUCAACUACUUUGGAUAUGUGAUAACAGCGCUGGAGGAAGCAGCACAGCUCCAGUGUCACACUGACGUAGUUAAAUGGAAUUGGGAGCAAUUGACGAUUAUGGAUUGGAGCAGUCACAGGUUGUGUUGGGAUAGACAGUGGUCACCCACUUGGAUCAACAAAAGCCGUGCUUUGGAUCCCAGGAUACCUUUCUUACCCUUCUGAUGUCGUCUUUCAUUAUUGAUAAAAAAACUAUUUAAGGCAAGUCUGAAUUAGUUUCUUGUUUUAUCCUGGAGUUAUACUGUUUAUUCCUCUGCGCUGAUGUGGAUUGAAAGAGUGGAGAACUUCUUCAGUUUGUGAGACCGUAUGUUGCUUGUAGCUAUUCGAGUUGUAGUUUUAUCACUUUCAAUGUUUCAAUGAUAAAAAUCUGGAAUUGAACCUUUUUUUUAAGUUUUGCUGCUGUGCUAAGUACCUGUCAAAUCAUCUGCUUUUGUUGACAAUUAUUUAUUAUUUAAGUAAAAAAAUGGGGGGGGGGCAGGCCCAAAGAUGUAAUAAUGACUUGUGUGGGUUUGUGUAUAAGAUGUGCGAAUGGCCUCUGCUGUAAAUGUCUAUGACUCUAUGAAAUCUAGCAGGUUGGUGAAGCACUGGUGGUGGGAACAAGCUGAGCUGGUGAAUUCAGGGCAUCCCACAGGAAGUACAUGGUCUUAAGUUUGAUUGCUGUGAAUUGGUACCAAGACCCCCAAAAUAAGACCACCCAGUGAAAUACGACCUCAUUGAAGCUAAAAGUUUAAUCCCAAAAUACAAAUCAGUGUUAAAUAAGAAAGAGUAAGUCUUCUAUAUCUAUAAAAUACGUUUUUUUUAAAAAAAUCGCUCGAGGUUUGGUUCUCUGAACCUUAGUUUCUUGUUUAGAGUACCAGUCUUUUAAUUUACACAGAUAAAGAAUAGUCCUUCCCUUCAGACUGAGUCUGAAACCUCAAAUAGCAACCAGAGAUCACUUGCUGGCCUUACAGUUCACAAAUAAGUAUCAGUGGUGGUCGGAUGGAGUGCACUAUCACAGGUGUUUGCCUCAAUGCCAUCUUAACUAAUGGAUUCAAGGCAGCAGAUUGGGUUUACCUGACUUGAUGGUUCUAUUAACGUGGAAGUACUGUAUAAAAUUAAGCAAAUGUAAUAGAAUUAUGGAAAAGUCUGUGAUGGUCCUCUUC